GUCGUUACCGGGGGUGUUAGUCACGGCCCAUCUGCCUACCAACAAACACAUCCAUGGCCAUAGUUCAAUAGUGAUCAGUUAAUUAGUCAACCACGAAGAUGCAGCUGCGACUCCAAGAAAGAUAUUAUUUGUGAUCGUGUAUGUGUAUUUAACAGAAUCAUACUCAGCAUUAUCGGAUAAUCAUAUUUUUAAAGACCAAGUCAAUUACCAAAGGAAAUUAGUAACAAAUGUUUCGAGUGAACGAAAGCCAAAAUUUCCAAAUAACGACAAUUACAACCGACCAUUCUACACCGGUCAAUGAUACUAGUUCUAGUUGUAGCCACGUGGACUUAAAAAUAUCAGAAAAUUACAUUCGUCAAUUUUGUCAUAGGAUAGAGAGUUAUAUUGCUGAUAUUCCCAGUUAAUGUAAUAGUUUAGAUGCAAAUAAAUAUCAUCAAUAGAUAAUCGAUAGAGUUAAAUUUAAUGAUCAAUUGCUAUUCAUUAAAGCAACAUCUGAUCCAAACCUAUGAAUCAUAGCUUGCGCAGUGAUAAUAAAUUUUAGUGUGUGCCGUUUCUAGAUAUUUAUUGAUAAUAAAAUCCUAGCAAUAUUGUUGUUAUAUCCGUUCUAAGAGCAAUAACUAAUCGGGCCAUUCGCGCGCGAAUUUAUAUAAGAGACCAUUCUUCUAUUGUGAGAAAACCGGAAGUGCUACAAAACUUCAAAGAUGGCUUUCGCGGCAGCUCGAAUGAUUCUCAAGGACAAGCGACGAAAAGCAAGUAAAGAGGAUUUUGCACCAAGAAAUAGGAGCAAGGCUCGCAGCGCCAGUACAAGUAGCUUUAGAAGCCUAAGCCAGGCUCGUAAUAAACCAGCAGAUGGAGUUGGACACGUUAAUCAAAAAGGAACUACCGGACAAAAAGCACCUCUGACUGGCAGCCAAAAAGGUGCUCCUGGGGCGAAAGGCGCAGCAAAACCUGCACAAAAACCGAGUGCGCAAAAGGGACAAGUCAAAGUAACGCCUAAAGCAGCCUGUGUUAAAACUGGAAAAAAUAAAAAGAAAGGCCAAAGACAACAAUACGACUUGAUAGUUAAUAUUAAUAUAUCGGAGUAUGGACUUACAGAGGAUCAAGUUGCAGAAUUCAAAGAAGCUUUCAUGCUUUUCGACAAAGACGAAGAUGGUAUGAUCACAAUGGCAGAACUUGGAGUUGUGAUGCGUUCUCUUGGACAGAGACCUUCAGAAACAGAAUUGCGGGACAUGGUUAACGAGGUUGACCAAGACGGAAAUGGUACUAUUGAAUUCAAUGAGUUCCUUCAAAUGAUGUCGAAGAAAAUGAAAGGUGCUGAUGGAGAAGCUGAGCUACGAGAAGCAUUCAGAGUAUUUGAUAAAAAUAAUGAUGGACUGAUCUCAUCUAUGGAAUUACGCCAUGUGAUGACGAAUUUAGGAGAAAAACUUUCUGAAGAAGAGGUAGACGACAUGAUUAAAGAAGCCGAUUUGGAUGGUGAUGGAAUGGUAAAUUACGAGGAAUUCGUAACAAUUCUAACGUCAAAAAAUUAGUUGGUGCAAAUAAUUAAACUGCAAGUUACGGACGAGAAAACUAUACCGAUUAUAAACUCUUGAAAAAAAUUUCAAGCAUUAAUCUGCAGAUGAAUAAUACUGCAGUAAUAAAAAUAUGUUUUGAUAUUCCGUAACGUUGAAAGCGCCUCGAGGGAUAAUAAAAUCUAUAAUAAAGGCAAGAUACAAAGGGAAGAAGCAAACUUUCUUCAGGAUAAAAGGGCAGAUGAUCAAAUUUCUAAAACUUUCAAUGCCUCGACAAGAUUCGUUUACUCAACGAAUAAAUCAGCUAAUUACAUCACGAAACUGUUUUUACUUAUUUUUUAAAUUAAUUUGUUCUUAGAUUAGGUGAGAAUAAGAACAAGGUUGCAUCCUAAAACAAUCAAUUGAGCUUCAGUUAGCAUACCUAUACAUAUAUAAAUAUUUAAUGUAUUUAUAUAUCGCCGUUUAUAACUGCAUUAAGUCAAUGAAAACGGCUUUCUAUUGUUAUAAAAUCUUUAAUACCAAUUAUUUAUUUGCUAUUCAAACUAUUUCCAAUAAUCUAACCAAAUAUUAACUUUCAAUUUUGUUAAAACUUGAUAUAAAAAAUCCAUUCUCUCACCAAUUGCCAAUUCAGAUAAACUUAUAAAAUAUAAUUUCACUAUUCUAAUUAAUGAUUUGAUAAUCAAAAAUAUAUUAUAUUUUAAUUUUGGAAACGUCAAGUUCCUGAACUGAAAAACUACAAAAUUCAAAUUUAUUUUAUUUUUAUGGCAGUUUUUUUUUUACUAUUAGUCGAAUUCUAAAGCUAUCAGAGAAAUUUACAGAAUUGAUAUAACAAUACUAUGAAUAUCAAAGGAAACAUUUUGACAUCAAAUAUAUACUUUAAUUCGGUAUAUCUUCGUCACUGUCUUUCUCUAUAACUACACAAGCAAAUGAAUAUCGUGCACCUUCUAGAAACCCCUGAGAUGAUGACAUUUGAGAUAAAAAUUAAAACAUAAAUCAAUUUAUAAAUAUUAGGUAAUAUCUCACGCAUUAACAAUUCUAUAUGAUUAAUCGAUGCGUGGAAUAAAUAAUAAAAGGUGAAUAUUGAUGUAGAUUAUGUAGUAAAAUUAAUGGUAUUGGUAACAUAGAAUAUUUUCGUUGUUUCAUAAAUAAUAAAACAAAAAUUAAAUAUUUUAGAAAAUAUAACAACAAUUUAAAAUCCUGAACAUUAUGCGAUCGAUUGAUAAUUAUACACUCCGGAAUGAAAUUGAGAUAAUUUAUUAAUCGAUUUUUAAUAAAUUAUUUUUUAUCAAAUAAAUUAUUUAAUACUUGAAAAUAUGAAUUAAUUAAACAUAAGGAAUUCAUCUGACGUUAAUAGUAAACUAAAAUACUGCAAAUAAUACAAAUUCUAAAGAAACAUUCAGAGGUAUAAAAUAUUUUGAAAAAUAUUAGACAAAUAUUUUUAUAAUCAUGACUUAUUUAUUCGUUGAGUCUAUAAAAAAAACCGAGCGCUUUUUUUCUAGUUUUAUUUCUAAGUGUAUAAUUGACCGAAAGAUAGGAAUAAUGAGAAAUGAAAAAAUAAAGAGGAAACAAUGUCGUUGUUAUCAUCGGUAACGUCGAUGAUUAUUCACAGCGAUAGACAAUAAUGUGUUGUGUUGUACUUGUUCGGAUGUUGAUUAAAAAAAAAAAAAACAUACGAUGUACUAAUUUAUUCAUGUAAGAUUAUAACAAAUUAGUAUCUAUAUAUUAUAUCUGAUAAAUAAAUUUUUGUGAAAAAAAAACGCACAUUAAGAUAAGAAAAAUAUAUUUGAAGACAAGUAAAGUGCCACCAUCGACGUUCCCGAUUAUUACUUGACAUUAUGUUACAGUAAGAAUCGAUUGUACUUAUAAUAAAACAGCAUUCAUAAAAUAAAAAUAAAUAAAGUACCUUGAAUAAUGCUGUUAGAUGUUAGCCAAGAUAUACAAUGUCAGGGUGAAAAACUUCUUAUACAAAUAAUACAAUGUAUAAGCCAUUGACAAGAUAAUUGCGAUGAGCCAAUUCAAAUAGUAAUAUAAAACGUCCCAAAGACAAUAUCUGACAGAUUAAAAAUACAUUUAUCCAAGCAUGGGUUAGUCAUUAUUAAGGCGGCCUAAAUUCUACUAUUUCCAUACAAUUUCUAACGAAAUAUUUACGAUAAAAAAAAACUUGUUCAGCAUCAAUUACUCCAUUCUAAAUGGAAUAAAAUUCCUAAGCUUGCAUUUUUGCCACAAUCUAUAAAAAAUUAAUUAUUCCUCUCCUCCCUCUCAUUAGCCAUCUCAAGGCUACGAAAAGUGUUCACGAUGUUUUUAACUUCAUCGAAUCUUAUUCACUUAAAAUGAUUAAUUAUUUAUUUUAUCUAAAAUAUUUAUACCUAAUAUUAUAUUAGUAAAUUAAAAUUAAAAUUAUUUUCAAUUUAUAUUUGCAAACCACAAUUACAUAAAAUUUAUUAUGAAUUUAUUUCAUUAUUAUAAAUAUUAUAUUUUAAUAAUUAUUACAAUUAAUGGUAAUAAUAGGCCGUCAUGACUAUCCAAAAUAUUAAUAAAUGUAAUAAUUUAUGUAACUGUUAACUUACUAUUUCCAGAUCAGAAAACAGUAUCUUUCGAAUUUAUUGAGUCGAAAGAUUUAUUUAUCUCGGUCUAAUCAAAAAAUAUUUUUAUAGCUUAAAGUCCUUAAAUACACACGUGUGCAUCAUGACUUAAGGUGUACACAUUAUAAUUAAAAUCAUGAUAUUGUUAUGUAUAUGUAUAUCAAUAAUUGAGGGUGCAGGUCGUCCUAAAAAAUGCCACUUGUGAUGAGAUAAAUUGUUCUUAUAGCUUAUUUUUUAUUAUUAAGGUCUUCCUCAUAUCUAAUUAUGUUCUUUGUAUUAAUUGACUGCGUUUUGAUGUAACAUUAAUUUAAUAGCUUUGUAAUAUUUAUUUGCUUCAUCAGCUAUAAUUAUAAUUACAACGAACCUAAUUAAGUAUUCAUCAAUCUUAAUGAUCUAUAGAAUCUAUUUGUUUUUAUAAUAAAAAUAUCA